CCCGGAGGACCACAGGCUGAAACCCUGGGGGACGCCCCAGGAACUGAGGAGAACCAGGGACGCCUGGUUGUCUCCUGCUGUAAGGGCGCUGGUCGAGUCUGGUUGUUCGAUCAAAAAUUACGGGAAACGCGCCCGUCUGAUUCUGUUAUAGGCUUGUGAAGGACCAAGUGUAGUAGGUGGGUCCUUGUACCUGUAAUAUUUCUGUUAUUUCUGUUAUUUGUGUUUCUGACAUAUCCACUGACGAUGGGACAGACUGUGACAACCCCUCUGAGUUUAACUCUAGAUCAUUGGACUGAAGUGAAGAGAAGAGGUCGUGAUCUGUCAGUAGAGGUUAAAAAAGGCCCAUGGCAGACUUUCUGCUCCUCGGAGUGGCCUACUUUUAACGUCGGCUGGCCCUCAGGAGGAACCUUUGACUUAUCUCUUAUUUUUGCUAUUAAAGAGAUUGUUUUUCAGAGAGGACCGGGAGCUCAUCCGGAUCAACAACCUUACAUCAUAGUCUGGCAGGACCUGGUGCAGAAUCCGCCCCCCUUGGUUCGGCCGUGGACUGCCACAUCCAGGCCCCCGUCUAAUCCUCAGGUGCUCGCUGUCCAAUCUUCCGGUCCCAGAAAAGGGGGCGACAGUUCGGACCCCCCUAAGAAGAUCUACCCGGAAAUCCAGACUGAUCAUCUUCUCCUCGACCCUCCACCCCCUCCUCCCCCAUACCCUCCCGCCUUGGCUCCUGUCGGGGGGCAGGGAGGACCAGCAUCGCCGGAUCCGGCGAUUGCCCCCUCGGCACCCCCGGGGGAACCUUCACUGGGGCCCGCACAAGGUACCAGGAGUCACCGCCGGGGAGGAGUGUCUCCCGACACUACUGUUGCCCUACCCCUGAGGGCAUACGGCCCCCCGCCGGUGGCAACAGAUGAGGGACCACCUCCUCUCCAGCCCCUCCAGUACUGGCCAUUUUCUUCCGCAGACCUGUAUAACUGGAAAACUAAUCACCCCCCUUUUUCAGAAGACCCCCAACGCCUGACUGGGCUGGUAGAGUCCCUGAUGUUCUCUCAUCAGCCCACAUGGGAUGACUGCCAGCAGCUCAUACAGACUCUCUUCACUACUGAAGAGAGGGAGAGGAUUUUAUUAGAAGCUAGGAAGAAUGUACUCGGGGCGGACGGGCGUCCUACCCAGCUCCCCAACAUCAUCGAGGCUGCCUUUCCCCUCUCCAGACCAGACUGGGAUUUCAACACGGCAGAAGAUUAAAAGCCCUUGAAACUGUGCAAAAGGAGGUGUGGAGCCGGCUGAUCGAGGCCUACAAGCCCGGGGAUCUGCAAAUACCUCACCAGUUCCAGGUUGGAGAUUCGGUGUACAUCCGGCGCCACUGGACAGCCAACCUUGAACCACGGUGGAAAGGACCAUACCUGGUGCUGCUCACAACCCCUACGGCAAUAAAAGUCGAUGGCAUCGCAGCCUGGAUCCACGCAUCUCAUGUCAAACCAGCACCGCCGCCAGACUCCGGGUGGAAA